AUGAAUACUGGAGGUUCUGACCUGUUUGAGUCUUAUGAACAAGACUUUAGCCAAGUUGCUAGGUCUAUUGAAGUUAUAAUAAAUUCCACCAUUCCUUCACAAUCUGGAGAAAAACGAAAGACUACUAUACGAGCCGCCGAGCGUGAAAUUGAAGAGGCCGAUGAAAUUAUAGCUCAAAUGGAAAUGGAGCUGUUGAAUUUACCACAAUCAUCACGCUCACGUUGUCAAGCUAAAAUGAGGAGUUACAAGAGCAGUCUUGAUAAAUUGAAACGUGAUUUGAAAAGAGCAAGUUCUCGUGCUUCUGGACCAACAGAUCGUGAAGAAUUGCUCGCUGGUACAAAUGGGACAGAUCUUGAUAGUGCUUCGUUAGAUCAACGUGCUCGACUUUUAUCUGGAACCGAACUUUUGGCUGAUAGUAGUCGUAGAUUACAGGACAGUCAUAGAAUUGCCUUGGAAACUGAAACGAUUGGUGCCAAUGUUUUGGAGGAUAUUCGUAGGCAAAGAGAUCAAAUCUUACACACUAGGAAUACUUUAAUGGAAGCGGAUUCUUACAUUGAUAAAGCUCAACGUACCCUCAAGGAAUCUGAUGAUUCUGAUUCGGUUUCCUCUGAGGAAGAAGGCGAAGACGGUGAAGAAGUUGCAUUAGACGAUUUAUCUGACCAAGAAAUCGACGAAGAUAUCAUACCUCAACAACAUGUAACAAUAAAUAACAAGUCAGCAUUAAAAAAAAUUCAACAAGAAAUUAAACUUGAUUUACCAUGGAUUGAAACUCAAGUGAUAACGUCUUCAGAACCGAUAGUCAUCAAAGACAUCAAUAACGAUGUAGAGCGUGAAUUAGCAUUUUAUAAGCAAGCACUUGAAGCAGCUACAGAAGGACGCAAAAAAGUCGUAGAAUCAGGUGUAAUGUUCUCUAGACCUGAUGAUUAUUUUGCUGAAAUGGUAAAAUCUGAUGAACAUAUGACAAAAGUACGUCAAAAGUUAAUUAAUGAAGAACAAAUGAUCAAAGUAAGCGAAGAUGCUAAACGCCAACGUGAAUUAAAAAAAUUUAGUAAAAAAGUUCAAAUUGAACGUUUACAAGAGCGUCAAAAACAAAAAAGGGAAGAUUUAGAAAAAAUUAAAGCUAUGAAAAAGAAAAGGAAAGGUGUUGAAGAUACGGCUGUGGAUGAUGAUUUUGAAAUUGCCCUUGAAGAAGCUGCUGCUGAAGAUGAUAGACCUCCGAAUAAAAAGCAAAAAACUAGCAAAAAAUCUAAACGCACCUAUAAGGAUAGUAAAUUUGGAUUUGGAGGAAAGAAGCGUCAUGCUAAAACAAAUACAGCCGAAUCCUCUGGUGAUUUAACAGUGUUUGGUGGAGGAGGGAAGCCUAUGAAAAAAAAGUCAUCAUUUAAACCAAAGAAGAACGUUACGAAGACGCGUCCCGGCAAAGCUAGACGUCAGGCUUCAAGGAAUAAAAAGCGAUAG